GUCCUAACCACACGUUGGGCCGUCGAUAACACUAAUCGAGAAGACUAAUGAAUAGCAUGCUUUUAAGCAGUGUGAAUAAAAGCAAAGAGCUCAUAGUCUUUGCUUGGUAUGAUUAAGUUCCCCCCAAUCGUAUAUAUGCAACCAAGAAUUGUAUGACCACUCUCUAUUCUUCCAACCUUAUAUCGUGCCAGUUUUCUAGAAUCGUUAUUGGUCGUUUUACAAUAACAAGUGUCCAAGAUCAUAAGGUCUUCGGGGCUGGUUAUACGAAUAAGAAAGACCCGUUCCUCAGCUGUCCGGAAGAGAAGAAAAAAAAGUAGUAAGAAAAAAAAAGGAAGUCAGGGAAAUUUGGGAGGCACGGUACUCUGAGUUUAAUACCAUUCCUUUCUUUAUUCCUUUCCCUUAUUGAUUACUCAGCUCCUUCUUGAUUUCGGUAUAUCCAAUUCCCAUAUACCCAAUUCAGCGUAUACGAUUGAGGCUGCUCAAUUGCUUAUCAAUUCUCGUAUAAUUCAUUAAUAAGUCCCGUUCCCGAACCUUAAUUUGCCAUUAAUUUGCGAUUUGAAGUUCCACUACAGAUCUCUAGGAUUUUACCCUUUUUUUU